UCCGAGCAUUUAUAAGGCUCACGAACUCCGCACUUGUUUACUAUCAGAGUGGAAUUGUUAAACUCAACAAUCGACCGAUAAAUUUGUGCAAAAUGUCGACAAGAGACAAAGCCGCCAAUCAACUUGUGGAUUACAAAAACGGAAACAAGGAUGACUCGUCCGCGACAACGGCGCACGGGGUGCCGCUGGUGGAGAAGGACGCGACUAUGACGGUAGGACCACGGGGUCCGAUUCUUCUCCAGGACGUGGCGUUCAUUGAAGAGUUGGCCCACUUUGACCGCGAACGCAUCCCUGAACGAGUCGUCCACGCCAAAGGGGCCGGAGCGUUCGGCUACUUCGAGGUGACGCACGACAUCACCAAAUACACCGCCGCCAAGGUGUUCGCCAACGUCGGCAAGAAAACACCGGUGGCCGUCAGGUUUUCGACUGUGGGCGGCGAGAGCGGCUCCGCCGACACGGUCCGCGAUCCCAGAGGCUUCGCCGUCAAGUUUUACACUGAGGACGGCAUCUGGGACUGCGUGGGCAACAACACCCCCAUUUUCUUUAUCCGCGAUCCGAUUCUGUUUCCGAAUUUCAUUCACACGCAAAAGAGAAAUCCACAGACUCAUCUGAAGGAUGCGGACAUGUUCUGGGAUUUUAUUUCGUUGCGUCCAGAAACGACGCACCAAACACUGUUUCUGUUCAGCGACAGAGGUAUUCCGGACGGGUAUAGGCACAUGAACGGCUACGGUUCGCACACCUUCAGGCUAAUAAACGCCGAAGGCGAAGCAGUCUUUUGCAAGUUCCACUACAAAACGGAUCAGGGCAUCAGGAACUUGGACGUCAAGAAGGCCGACCAACUAUCUGGUUCGGACCCCGACUACUCCAUCAGAGAUUUAUACAACGCCAUUGCUUCUGGCAAUUACCCGAGCUGGACAUGGUACAUUCAAGUGAUGACACCCGACGAAGCGGCCAAAUGCAAGUUCAAUCCGUUCGACGUGACGAAAGUUUGGCCCCACUGCGAUUAUCCGUUGAUUCCGGUCGGCAAAAUGGUGCUGAAUCGCAACGCCGAAAACUAUUUCGCCGAAGUCGAACAGAUAGCAUUCAGUCCUGCCCAUAUGGUGCCCGGAAUCGACGCCUCGCCUGAUAAAAUGUUGCUUGGCCGCAUGUUCUCCUACGGAGACACGCACCGUCACCGUUUGGGACCCAACUACCUUCAAAUACCUGUCAAUUGCCCGUACAAAGUACGAAAUUUCCAACGUGACGGUCCCAAUUGCAUGAACAAUCAGGGCGGCGCCCCCAAUUACCAUCCGAACAGUUUCGGUGGUCCCGACAACGAUGCCAGAGCUCGACAACUCGCGCCCGCCUUCACCGUGGCCGGUGAAGCUUACAGAUACGACACCGGAGAUCAGGAUAACUUUUCGCAAGCCAGGGUUUUCUAUCAGAAGACAUUGGAUGCGGCCGCCCAAGACAGGUUGGCCAGUAACAUCGCGGGAAGUUUGUCCGGAGCCGUUGAUUUUAUACAGGAGAGGAUGAUUAAGAAUUUGAAUCAGGUUGAUCCAAACUUGGGCACCAAGGUGUCUGAUAAGUUGAAGCUGAUCAACAAGACCAAAGCCAACUUAUAGGUUUUUGGUGUUAUUUUUACUAUUGUUGGUGAUUUGGUUACGUUUUUAUAAAGUUUUUACAGUUUCAA